CUCGAACUCUCCGGCCGGUCCGGGGGGCGGAGCAGGCUGCAGGGGGCCGGGGCGCCCAGCUGCAUGGCGAGCAGCGCGGAGCCCCCGCUGCGCCGAUCACAGAGCGCUCAGUGUGCGGGAGAAUGCUCCUUUGUGGCCCAGGAGUGUAAACACUCUUCUCUGUCUCCGCCCCCUCCCCGCCACCGGCUCCCUCUCUCCUCUCCCCCAUCUCGCCUCUGCCCCUCUGUCUCUCCUGUCGCGCCUCUCCCGCUCCGGGUUUGCCCCUUCUGCCUCCUCACUCCCCUCCCCUGCUUGCCAUCCCCGUCGUGUUCCUUCCCCCCCACCCCCAUCUUCCACAGGGGACUUCACUUCGCCAGGAUACCGCUUUGCCACUUGGCCCCAGCCACCACGGAGAGAACACAGGACCCCCCCUUGGGCCCGCCGUGUCCUUUUGACGGAGCGUUCUGGGUCCAGAGACCCCCCCCGGAGGGGGGCUUUGCCUGCUUUCCCAAGCCCCCUGCCAUCCAGCCGGCGUCGCCCGCCCUCGCACCCGCCUCUGCUGCUUGCUUCAUGGAGAGCAAGAGCUGCAAAGGGGACAGCCUGCGGCCAGCUGUCCAGUGCAAACACUCGGUGGAGAAGAAGACAAUGACUAACCCCACCACCGUGAUUGAGAUCUACCCGGACACCACCGAGGUGAACGAUUACUAUCUCUGGUCCAUCUUCAACUUCGUAUACCUCAACUUCUGCUGCCUCGGCUUCAUCGCCUUGGCCUAUUCUUUGAAAGUGCGGGAUAAGAAACUCCUCAAUGACCUGAAUGGAGCGGUUGAAGAUGCCAAGACAGCCCGGCUUUUUAACAUCACCAGCUCGGCCCUCGCCACUUUCUGCAUCAUCCUCGUCUUCAUCUUCCUGCGAUACCCGCUCACUGACUACUAGAGCGAGGCCAGCGCAGCUGCCCAAAUGCCUCAGUGCCGAAUCUUCCUUCAGCAAGGACAUGAAACAACUAUCCAUCCUUACUGCAAAAAAAAAAACAAAUAAAAAAUAA